GUGUGUAUGUGUUUCCUUUACGUUGUGUUAAAGCUGUUACAAGUGAUAUUUAUCGUGUUUGGUGUGUGGCGUGUUGACCACGUGGGCACGUGGUGUGUGAUAAAGUUCACUCAACAUCAGUACCUCACAUGUUGAACGGUUGAAGAUGUUUUGAUAAUUAAUGUGGUUCCUGAUAACUGUUAUCCUUCUGGUUAUUGCUGUAGUGGAAUGGUAAUUCACGGUGUAUCAAGUGGAAGUACCUUAACGGUGUACACGCCGCUUACCCGUACGUACUUAAAAAUUAGGCUGCCAUUACAUUCCAAUUCACACUGGGCAUUAUCCCAAACUCCAAAUAUAAAAAAGUAAAAAGGGUCGUCCAGGCUAUUUCUUCAAAUCCCAGGGUCUUCUCCCCAAAUAUCAUGGUGAGCCAGCUAAAGCCAUCAUCCCGGAACAGUUACUCGUGUGGUCUGGAUUUUCUGACUAGAACUUGGAGCGACUUCUGAUGAGAACUGCAUUAUGCCAUCAGGCUUACCACAGUAUCUGUUGCAAAUUCUAGUGGGAAAAUUUGGACUGCUAUUCGUGAUAAAUCCAGUGUUCAGAUGUAAAUCAACACACCUGCUUGAAAUCUUGGAGUAACACAGUAUAUACAUGUUUGAGUGGAGUAACCAAACUAUCUACUGACUUAUUAAUCCAUAGAAGGUGCUGUCCUUAUUGGAUUGCGUUUAAGGGACUGCUGUGACUGAGGUCGUUAGUGUGCCAGCACACAUCUCUGGAGCCUCUCACCAAUGUGAUCGCUGUGUGUUUAUCCCAUCCUGGCUUCCUCUCCAGGAAUACGUCGGAAGUUUGGAAAUGUUCUAGCAUGGAAAUGGAUGUUGGUUUGAAGAAUGCUGAAUCCAGGCUCACUGGAACUGAAAGUUUAGAAUUUGCUGGGAUUGAAGCUCAUGAUGUCGGUAGUCUGCUGGAACAGUUUGAGGAAGCCUCUCAGUCAUCAGAAGACAGUAGUCAGCCAAGUGCGACAAACACCUUUACAAGGAUCCCAGAGAGGAAAGCUGCGGUGAGGGAAGCUGCCCCGAUUCAUAAGGUUCGAGCUACAAACUACGUCUCUGAAAAGUUAAAAUGUGGGACAAAGAGGAAAGGUGCUAUAUUACUGCCCAUGGGGGUUCCAUGUGGAAGGGGCAGCAGGCAGUCUGCAGCCAUACCUGUUCACUGCUCUUCUCCUAAACUACAAAAAAUACUCCACAAAACGUCCAGCUUAGCAGAACAGCAACCUCCAAGCGAUACAGCUGUGAAGGCAAGCUCGCCACCAACCAGUUCCUCGUCAGAUGGUGAAGUCAGUAGUUCCUAUUAUGAUGACAUAUCAGACCAUGAUUAUUGUCAGAACUUCCCACAUUCUGCAGCUCCACCAAAUACCUCAGAAAAGAAAAUUGAAAACGAGGUUAAUCCUCCCAGAAAUGUAGUGCUUUCAUCCAGUGUUCCUGACACCAGUAGUCAGCAGGUUCUUCAGCUGCACGAUCCAGAAUCUUCUGUGUUCAGUGUGACAUUCAAAAAGUGUUCAGCAGAUAACAAAGGUGUGCUCAAGGAAAAGUUCACAAACCUCAAACACAAAAUCACGCAUAAAGAAUACAAACAUAGACAUCGUAACUACCGAAAGAAAGAGGAAAGAGUGGAGUUCCCAGAGGAUAGUGGCCAGUUCUUCGACAAGAUACCUUCCUACAUCAGCAAUCUGUCUCGCCCGACAAAACCACCGAAGAAAGAUCAGAAAAACGACAAAGAUCAACCAAGUUGUGGCAUGAAAGUGACAGACUUCAUUCAGCGCGAGAUUUCACCUUCUGUGCACAGCCACUCAGAAGUGUACAACAAAUUACCAGCCUAUCACAAUUGUUUCAUCAAUAGUACUAAAUACGACAGUUCCUCUGCCUCUAACUCCUUGUCUAUGGUGGAGGCUGUGAAGCUAGAGAAUGCCAAAUACCCGUGGGAUCGCUUGCGAGACAAUCUGAACCGUGAGAAUCCCGGCAGUCGUAGUCAGUCCCCACUGCUGAUGCUGGAGAGCAGGUACGAGUCCAAGUCCCGGGAGAUCUCGCGGUCACGCUCCAGUUCACGGCACUCAUCAAGGUCAAGGAGUGCAUGUAGCACUCGCUCCCCCUCGUCACACAGCUCAAGGUCAAGGUCACGUUCUCGUGGUAGGAGCCGACGUAGCAGGAGGCGCCCGAGGAGACGUGAACGUGGCCACUCUUACUCCUCGUACUCCAGUGUUAGUUCUGACUCGGACUGGUCCUACUGCUCCAGGUCGCGCAGUUGUUCACGAGAUCGCUACUAUUCUCGCUCGUACUCCAGAGGGUCAUCACGCUCCCAUUCAAGGUCACCAUCCAGACACAGGCAUAAAUCCAGAAGAAACGCAUCUUAUGAAAGGCGUAAAGAAGAGCGACAGAAGUUGAGAGAAGAGGAGAAAAAGAGACAGAUAGAGGAACGUAGGAUUGUGUACGUAGGCAAGAUUCCAGACACAUUCACCAGAAAACAAUUACGAGCCAGAUUUGACAGGUUUGGAGAAAUUGAAGAAACCAGUGUGCAUUUCAGGGAGAAUGGGGAUAACUACGGGUUUGUGACAUACGCAUACACUUGUGAUGCCUAUGCUGCUAUUGAAAAUGGUAACAAGAUCGCUGGAGAGCAGCCAUUUGACCUGUGUUUUGGGGGACGACGCGAAUUUUGUUCUACAGAUUAUGCUGAUCUGGAUGGUCAAGCAGAGGAGGAAGAGGAGAGCUUCUCCAUGAUGAGAAAACCUGCUGUGCUGGACUUCGAUCAACUUCUUAAUGAAGCAAGGCGGAAAUUGAAGAAAUAGCUUCGACUUCUACCACAUUGGGUUAUUUACAAGCUAGAAUUGUAUUUGUUUUUGGUUUUGUUUUGUUUUGUGUUUUAUUUCCUUUGUUAUGGGUGAAGUUGAAUUAAUGGAUUCAGUUUGAAAGGCCAAGGACUUGAUUUUGAUGAAACAUGAAAAUCUGAAUGCUUAAGUUAAGUAUUAUCAAUGGUGCAUGUUGCAUACACAUCAAGGUUUGCUUUUUGUUAUUGCAUUUGUCUAUCAAUGGUGGUCUAACAGAGCAUUUUUGUUGUCUCGCAUCUUAACAUUUGAAUACAUUGCUCUUGAUGAAAACUUGUUUGUUGGAAUGCUGUUUCAGCAAGGGUUAUGCUGUAUCCACUUCUCUAGUUCUGUUUAAAGUCCAUUGUCAUGUUAAAGGAAACCUGAUGAUCAAGAUCUUUCUGUUUUCUUGUUUUAAAUUUUUUCCCAAUGACUUGUUGAUUUGGUACACACAAAAUGAUUCAUCACACGGACGCAAUGCUUAAUUUUUCAGAUGAAAUUCAAUUAAUGAAAUAAUUAAGUAUGAAUACAUUUCAGAAUAAGAUGCCUCUUUUUUUUUUUUUCGUGUUGUAUUUAUCAACAUUUAUGGCAACAAAUCUGUAUCCUUUAUUUUGAUAUGGAAAAUAAAAUAACCAUAUA